CAAAGACAGCUGCUACUCCUAGAGAACUCUCUGAUUCCUGCUUCCAGUUCAGGAAGGGAGCUCAAUGCUGUGCCUGCUGCCAUUCAGACCUCUAACUCCUGGAAACAAAACUCCUUUCCAGGAGUGACUGACAGACCAGAAAAGACUCACUUGCUGUACAGCACCAUCCUGUGGUCUGGAAUCACAAAGUAAGCGAAAAGGAGAGAACAGCAGACUGCCUUCCCCGGAGUGACAUUACAUCAAACCUGCUCCCACUGUGAUCCACUUCCUGUCUUGACCAUGCCUGCAUGGAGCUGCUUGGUGACAGGAGCAGGAGGGUUUCUCGGCCAGAGGAUCAUCCGUAUGUUGGCUCAGGAGAAAGAGCUGCAGGAGGUCAGGACCUUGUUCAGGUCCUUCACCCCGAAACACAGAGAGGAAUUAUCCAAGCUGCAGACAAAGACCAAGGUGACAGUGCUGGAGGGAGACAUUCUGGAUGCCCAGUGCCUGAGGAGAGCCUGCCAGGGCAUCUCCGUUGUCAUCCACACUGCUGCCGCCAUUGACGUCUUUGGUGCCAUUCCCAGACAGACUGUCAUAGAUAUCAACCUGAAAGGUACUCAGCACCUGUUGGAUGCUUGUAUAGGAGCCCGUGUGCCCGUCUUCAUCUACAGCAGCUCAGUGGCUGUGGCUGGACCGAACUCCUACAAAGUGAUCAUCCAGAAUGGCUCUGAGGAAGAAAAUCAUGAAAGCACAUGGUCUGAUCCAUACGCAUACAGCAAAAAGAUGGCUGAGAAGGCAGUGCUGGCAGCCAAUGGGUCCACCCUGAAAGAUGGUGGCACUUUGCAUACUUGUGCCUUAAGACUCCCAUUCAUCUAUGGGGAAAAAAGCAAAUUCAUUUCAGAUACAAUGGAUAGAGCACUGAAGAACAAUGGUCUAAUUAACGGUUUUAGCAGAUUCUCUGUGAUCAGCUCAGUGUAUGUGAAUAAUGCAGCCUGGGCACACGUCCUGGCUGCCAGGGGCCUACAAGACCCCAAGAAGUCACCAAACAUCCAAGGACAGUUCUACUACAUCUCAGAUGACACCCCUCACCAAAGCUAUGAUGAUUUAUGUUACACUCUGAGCAAGGACUGGGGCCUCCGCCCUGAUUCCAGUUGGAAACCUCCUGUGGCCCUGCUGUACUGGUUUGGCUUCCUGCUGGAAACUGUGAGCUUCCUGCUGCGUCCGGUCUACAACUACCAGCCUCCCUUUAAUCGCCACUUGGUCACACUCUUAAAUAGUGUGUUCACCUUCUCCUACAAGAAAGCUCAGCGAGAUCUGGGCUAUGAGCCCCUUGUCAGCUGGGAGGAAGCCAGGGAGAAAACUUCAGAGUGGAUCGGGUCACUGGUGGAGCAGCACAAGGGAACACUGAACAUAAAGGCUCAGUGAUGUGAAGAUGGAGGGGACAUGUCCUGGGUGCUCUCAGCUCCUUCAGAAAGGGUCUAAGACACAAUCCAAGUCUUUGACAUACUGGCCAACUUGUUUUCAGAUCACCAGAAGCCUUGCCAGUCACUGGCCCAGCUACAAACCUUCUGCCCUAAAAACCUGCCCAGCAACAUACAGGCUGUGCCUCAGCUGCUAUAACCAAAGGCUCAGUUGUAGUGCUGAACUGCCCAGAGCCUCCUGUACCUUAGAAUUGCAUCAGAGCUUCCAAUUCCCCUCUUGUCUGAGAAAAUUUCCAUUGCUUCAUGAAUCUCAAGGAAAAGUACAAUAAAAUCGUUUAAUGCCU